AUGGCUAACGCGCGUCGCCUCGACGAUGAGGAUGUCGAUGUCUACUUUGCCCAGCACGACGUCCAGAGCGUCGUCAGUGACAUGCUGUAUGAGCUUGGCUACCACCGCCCCGAGGAGGUGGGGCCAUUCCUCGCAAGCUUCAUCAAUCGGCGCUACGAGCUCGAAGGGGCAGUCCCACGCACACGAGGCAAGCAGUGA